CACUGUGAUGUCAUCGUGACUCCGACCAUAAAAGGGUCAUCCUGCUGCCACUGUCGCACUGUUUUCUCUGCCCUGCAGCAGAGUCAACAACCAUUUCACCUUAAGCUAACGUUUUUUUUUUAGAAAUGCUAUCAAAGCUCACUCGCUCUGUUGCUCAUGACGACACGUCCUGUUGGGUCACAUGGUCAGCUGCUGAUGGUUCAGAUGUUUCUGUUGGUCACAUGACUGUGUUGUGUGUUCAGGCUGAAGCAGCGAGAGACAGCAAACAGAGUCCCAUGGUUCAGAGGAACAGCUCCUUCGCCACCUCGCAUGAAGUCUGGAAGUACAUCUGUGAGCUGGGAAUCAGCAAGGUGGAUCUGUCCAUGGACGACAUCGAGACCAUCCUGAACACGCUGAUCUAUGACGGGAAGGUGGAGAUGACUGUCAUCGCCGCCAAGGAGGGAACUGUGGGUAGCGUGGAUGGACAGAUGAAACUUUACCGUGGUGUCAACGCUGUCAUCCAACCCACCGGCCUCGUCAGGACGCCCUGCGGACUCUGCCCGGUAACACAUCUACACCACUGUUCAUAGAGUUAGUGAUGUGCCGCCACAGAGCCCGAUGCUGUCCAAUCAGACGAGUGAGAGGAUUCGUCCUAUGUCUGAAUGGUCUUUGAUGCUUUUACGUUGUAGGCAGUUCUCUUCACAAACACUCAGACUCAGUAAUGAUGGAGGCUCACCGAGAACAAAUCCAACAUCCAAGCUGUCACAGUGUUCUCUGCUGUCAAGAGACGUCGCGGGGACGUCACUCAUUUCAUCCUUUGCAAAUGUCAAUAAUCAGAUGAAGAACCUGAAUGUAACAGACUCCACGAUAUCAGCCUGACCACAGCCUGACAUGGCAUCAUACGGUGUCGGCUCACAUCGUGAACGACAAUGGGUGUUGUCCACCAUAAUCCAUGGUUUCAUCUCAUGCAGGGGUGAUGGGCAUCCGGCACCGUGCCGGAUUUCCGGCGUGUGGCCAGGGGAAAAAAAAAAGUUGAUGUGGGAUAUAUGUGUGCGGUGUCGCAGACAGUUUAAACAGAGACCUCUCGCUCUCAACCAGACCAAAGUUAGGCUACUAGCCAAUCAGAAGUAGAGCGGGGGCAGGUCUUGGGGGCAGGAACAGAUUUGGUUCAGAGCCAACUUCAGAUUGUAGUGGAGCCCGUGCCGUAGACUCUCUCAUCAAGAUGCAAAGUAAGUUAAUGAAACCUGGGAAAACGUCCUGAUAGUCGAUAAAGGACUCAAAAUUAAAUGGCGUUGGGCGUGGCUAGAAGAGGCACAGACGGACACAUAAAUUGAUGUAUGCAACCAGCGGCAAGACAGUCCUAUCACAGCAUGAAUUAGACCCCGCUCAUAAAGCCGCUGUGCGUGCAAUAAAACACGUAACGCGUUUACCAGGAGCCGCAGUCACCGCUGACAGACCGCGUUGUCUUGUUAAUAGGCUCGUUGGAGAUGAACUGCGCCUCGCCUGGACAGUAGACGAGAGCAGGCGGCUGCA